GUGAUUUGUUUGGUUGAAAACCACAAAAAAUCCCGUAAAAAUUGAUCAGGGAAAGAAUGUUUUGAUUUUUCACUUCGCACAUUUUCACGUAUUUGGCGGCUAAUUGACGCUAAUUUUCCGCUUUUCUCACUUUCACUGGCACUGAGAACACUUCAGCAAAGUCAAUUUUCACAUUUCCAUGGAAAAAUAUCCCCAAAUAUUAGGAAAAAUGUUCAGCUCGGCGAAGAAUAGGACAAAAGAUCCGAAAUUCAUAAGUCCGAGCGAGAAGGCAUGAAAUAAUGAAAAUGUCGGCAACAUGCGUUAGAGAAAGACAAAAGAUAGGAAAAUACAUUAGUGGGAGUGAGAGGGAAUGAAAAAAAUGUCAGGAUCAUGUUUUUUACAUGAGAUUCCGUAAUAGUUGAAACAUGCAACACACGAGGAAAUGAAAAUUCGCUUUUUCUUUGGAAGAAAAAAAGUGUUUUUAUCGUUUUUGUCAAUAAAAUUACGUGCUAGUUGUUAAAAAAAAAGAAUCCAGAGAAAACGUGGGAAAUGAGUGAUCCGGAAAAUCCAGAAAGUGGUCUGCAGAUUCAGUCAAAAGACCGUCUCCGGGUACUCUGUAUCCAUGGUUAUAGGCAAAAUGAAUUUAGUUUCCGUAGCAAAUUGGGAUCUUUCCGGAAGUAUCUGGACAAAUACGUUGAAUUUGUCUUUAUCACAGCACCCCAUCAAGCUCCUCCACUUCCUGGCGAGGAAGAUCAAUCUGUGAAUGAGAAUCAGAAAAGCUGGUGGUUCAACAAGCCUGAUGGGCAUUUCCGCGGUAUUUACAGCGGUGGACCAGCUGUUGGCUUCGAGGAUAGCCUACGAUUGGUGGAGCGUACGUGGGAAGAGCAGGGACCCUUCCAUGGGCUCCUGGGAUUCAGUCAGGGUGGCUGCUUCGUUGGCUUGCUAAGUCAUCUAGCUGAACGUGGAAUGAUAACAACGUUAAAGCCCCAAUUUGUUGUGAUUGCUUCUGGAUUCCGUUCCCUCAGCCUUGCUCAUCUUAACUACUACGAGAAUACCGUGAAGAUUCCUUCGCUGCACAUCUACGGUGAGAAUGAUGACAUCAUCCCCACAGAGAUGAGUGAGACUCUUGCUUCAGGAUUUGAGAAUAAAACUGUUGUCACUCACCCUGGAGGGCACUACUUUCCCGCCACAUCAGCCCAGAAGGCACACUAUGUGGACUUUUUCCGGGAUCGUUUGCAGGAGCACUUGGAAGCAAAGGAACUACUAGAAGAGCAUCAGUAGUGGCAAAGAAUUUAUCUUUUUCUCUCUCUCCCUCAAGUUUUAUUAAUCACUUAAUUUCUCAUACUUUUUUUUUUUUUUACAAAUUACAUAAAUUAUUCCACA